UUCGUCCUUCGACUUCCACAGCCGAAAUAAGAAUCAUCCCGUCAUCGUCCAAUUCUUCUUCCCUUCCCUUCUGUCUCCCUGUACCUCCAUUUUUAGAGAGAUUUCUCAUAGUUUUCAGGAAUUUUGUUGUUUACGGGCUUUCCAUGGACGUUUCAUUGAGUUCAAUGGAACCAACAUUCGAGCUUCGCUGUUUUACCGACCUCAAUCGCCCCUGCUGCUGUUUUUCUUGUUGUCGCUGUUGUUGCUGAUCAGGAAAUUCUGUUGGGGUUUAUUUCGUUCGAUUUUUCUAUCUCCGAUUGUGGUUGUUUACAGGAGGUGUAACUUUUGGGGGAUUGGAAUUUGUUUGCUAGGGUUAAGACUCUGAUUCUUCGCUUUGUUUGUAGUUAAUGGAUUUGUCUAAGUCCCAUUCCAAUCUUUCUCUUGGAUUCUCAUCGCAUGCUUCCCCGCCUCACCGUGCUCAGAUUGCUGAUGAUUCCGUCCUGCUGCAUCUCGAUUCUUCUCGACGGGAAUCCUCGUAUUCGUCCACCCCAGUCCCUCUUCAGUUGAUGGAACAGCAGACGGAGAGUCACAGAAAUGAUGGUGGAGAUGGGGAGAGAGAUGACGAUGAAUACGACGACAGGGAGGUAGAAGAGUUUCGGAUUCUGGGUCAUCCUAUGUGUUUGAAGCGUCGAAGAGAUGGCGAAUCUUCGACAUCCUCCGGUUCUGCGAAAAGAAUUUCGUGUGAAUUUGAUAUAGAGACACGAAGGAGUGCUGUACGGUCAUGGGGUGAUCAGACCCUUCGAGUUGCGGACCCUAAUCUAUUUGGGAUUAUGGAGAAGGAGAAGCAGAGGCAAUUCAAGGGCAUUGAAUUGAUUGCUUCUGAAAAUUAUGUGUGUCGGGCUGUAAUGGAAGCAUUGGGAAGCCAUUUGACUAAUAAGUACUCGGAAGGUAUGCCCGGUGCGAGGUAUUACUGUGGAAAUCAAUAUAUAGAUGAGAUUGAAACCCUAUGUCGUGAGCGCGCAUUGGCGGCAUUUGGUCUUAGUUCUGAUAAUUGGGGAGUUAACGUGCAACCUUAUUCAUGCACAUCUGCGAACUUUGCUGUCUACACUGGUCUGUUAUUGCCGGGCGAUCGGAUCAUGGGGUUGGAUACUCCUUCUGGUGGUAAUACAAGCCAUGGGUACUGUACCCCAAAUGGAAGAAAAGUAUCUGGGGCCUCAAUUUUCUUUGAGAGUUUGCCAUAUAAGGUGAAUCCACAAACUGGUUAUAUCGAUUAUGAUAAGCUUGAGGAGCGGGCACUUGACUUUCGCCCAAAAAUACUUAUCUGUGGUGGGAGCUCGUAUCCUCGUGAACUGGAUUAUGCAAGGUUUAGGCAGAUUGCAGAUAAAUGUGGAGCAGUUCUGAUGUGUGAUAUGGCUCAAAUUAGUGGCCUUGUUGCUGCCAAGGAAUGUGUCAGCCCUUUUGGGUACUGUGAUGUUGUGACUUCAACUACUCAUAAAAGUCUUCGAGGUCCAAGGGGAGGUAUAAUUUUUUAUAGGAAGGGUAGUAAGCCGAGGAAGAGAGCAAUGCUUCUGUAUCAGGGAAAUGAAACUGACCAAUAUGAUUUUGAGGAGAAGAUAAACUUUGCAGUUUUUCCCUCCUUACAAGGUGGACCUCACAAUAACCAUAUUGCUGCUCUUGCCGUGGCCCUAAAGCAAGUGGCUACUCCCGAGUACAAGGCAUAUAUGCAGCAGGUGAAAAAAAAUGCUCAAGCCUUGGCUGCUGCUUUACUUCGAAAGAAGUACAAGCUUGUAACCGGUGGCACAGAUAACCACAUGAUACUCUGGGAUCUAAGGUCCUUGGGAUUGACAGGUAAAAACUAUGAGAAUGUUUGUGAGAUCUGCCACAUUACUCUCAACAAAAUUACAAUAUUUGGUGAUAAUGGAAUUAUCAUACCCGGAGGAGUACGUGUUGGCACCCCAGCUAUGACAUCAAGAGGCUGUCUGGAGUCUGAUUUUGAGACAAUUGCUGAUUUUCUUCAUACAGCCGCUCAGAUUGCAAUUUCAGUACAGCGAGAGUAUGGGAAGCUACCAAAGACUUAUCUCAAGGGCCUUCUAAGUAAUAAUGAAGUGGUUGAGCUCCGAAACCGCGUUGAAAGUUUUUCAGCUCAAUUUGCAAUGCCAGGCUUUGAAAUUUGAAUGGUAGUUGCAAUUGCUAGUGAAAUGGACGACCAUCUGUAGGCCUUAAAAAAUCGUAAUUUCCGCUCAUCAUGCCUUCCAUAUAAACAAUAUAUGAAGCUUCUCCCUCCUGGACUUGCUGUCUUCAAAAUUGUUUGGUUGCUAUUCAGUUGCCAGUAGUUCGUAUCAUCUUAUGGUUUGGAAGGUGUUGUAAUUAUCAGAAGAGCAUUUGGUAAUACCGAGCUUUUCUUCUGUUUGGCAGAAGGCAUACAAUGGAUAGGAGCGUCGUUAUGUGCAGUUUUGUGGUGGUAUCAUUUUUUGGAGCAAAUCAACUGAAGAUAUUGUUUGGUACGGGAGAAUAAUUAAAUUCUAGUACUCUAAAUUAUCAGAGUUCUGGAAGAAUGUUUUGGAUCUGAUUGUUUAUGGCAACGGCUCAGGAAUCAUUUUGCCAGUUUGAUAUGUGAUGAUGUGGUAGGGAAGUAUUCACAAUGCUGAUCAAGUUCCUUUGAUCAGUUUCCAUUGUGUAAGUUCUUGCUACAUUUCCUUCAUCAUAAAUUAUGUUAUAUAUAAGUGUCUAUUCAACAACCUAGUUCAUUUCUCAGAAGGUCUAGUCGAUUUAUUUGUCCACGUUUGUUGAUAGAAAAUUCAGCUAUGGUUCUUGCACUUAUUUUCUUUUACUCCCAUGUUUGAUAGUAGUAUGAUAAUCGUUUCAACACUGCAGAAGCUGAUGCAAUUGUGAUAAAUAAAUGCAUUUGAGUUGUUUCAUUA